AUGGCUGACCUUUAUUCGUUCGUCGAUGCCGUUGAUGAGCUGAAGAACAAAAUUCAGCUCCUCGAAGCCAGCAUUAUCCGAAUUUCUGUCCAAACGACGGAAUGUGGAAUUUUCAUCAAGCAGCCGACUCGCUCACCAAACAUUCUCAAACACCUCCCAAACAAUCUCGAACCUCUCGGGGGUGCUGACAAGGACCUUCAUAUGGGAGUAACAUCUUACAGUGCAUUCAUCUCGGUCCAAAUAUCCAGGGGCGUGGAAAAACUUGUUGAAAUCGAGGCAUUGAAGCCUGCCACCAUGGAUGCGGGAGAUCGAGAUACAUGCUUGCCUGGGACUCGAGUAGACAUCUUGAAAAACCUCAUCGAUUCCCUGACAGAUCCUAGCCUGCCUCCCGGUCAUAAUGUCAUCUGGCUUCGUGGACCGGCUGGAUCCGGCAAGAGUACCAUACUCAACACGGUUGCUCAACACUUCUCAGAGCUGCGCCGACGUGGCGCUUUUCUGUUCUGGGACCGGAACGACCCUCUUGAUGGUGAACCCCUUUGUGUGAUACGUACUCUUGCCUUCCAGCUGGCUCGUUUCAAUCCUAGUUUUGCCGUGAAAAUGGCCGAACAAAUCGAAAAAUUGCCCGACAUUACUACAUCCGCCCUCGAUAUGCAAUUCAAGCAUCUUCUAGAGGCGCCUCUGGCCGAACUUGCAGCAGAGCUUGAUUUAGGCCCUAUUGUAAUUGUCCUUGAUGCCCUGGAUGAGUGUGGUACUAUGGAGACGAGGACGAAGCUCCUUCGCGCACUCUCUGAAGGCCUUGCAAGGCUUCCGAGUACCUUUCGGUUUCUGAUAGCCAGCCGGGACGAACCCGACAUUGGUGCUGCCCUAUCGCGUCUGGGUGUUGACGUGCGUGACGUGCCGAUCGGGGAUGAGUCGACAUCAUCUGACAUCAAGCUCCUUUUCCAACAACGGCUUACCUGCAGCGCUGAUGCCUUCGUAGGCCAUGGUCUGUCAUCCAAUUGGCCAGGAGACCCCGUAAUACGGCAGCUUGUCGCUCUGUCCAGAGGUCUUUUCAUUUGGGCAUCUACAACCAUUCGCUUCCUUGAAUCCGGCUUUCCUGAAGAAAGGCUGAAAAAGGUGCUAAGUGCAUCAGUACAGGCCCCAUCGCAUGCUGGGUUGGAUAAUUUGUAUCGGGUCGCUCUUACUCAUCCAUUCGACUCAUACGACGAAAACAAACUCAAAGCUGUACAUUCCAUCCUCGGUGCAAUAGUAGUCGCUCGUGAGCAGCUAACAGAUUGGCAGCUCAGUCAGCUACUAGGACUGGAGUUAGGUAAGGUCCAGGUGGUGCUCUCGCGGUUGCAAUCGCUGUUGCAGGGUGGUCGCGGGCGUCCUGUUCAAGUCUUACAUACAUCCUUUACCGAUUUUCUGUGCGACUCCAAACGGUGUCAAGAUCCGCAAUGGCACAUAAACACACCUGUUCAUCACCUUGAUCUUGCAUCUGGCUGUCUCCAGGUGAUGAAACGAGAUCUCAAAUUUAAUAUCUGCGGGAUCGAGACGUCCUAUUACCGGAACAGGGAAAUCGAGGGAAUUCAACAGCGAAUCGAUCGGGCCAUAACGCCUGCGCUGACGUAUGCAAGCGAAUACUGGGCAGACCAUUUGGGUUUUGGAUCUAUGUCAGAGCCAGGUCCGCAUCCCCUUGUCGAUGCGGUUAUGAACUUCAUCAAUCGCCAGUUCCUAUACUGGAUCGAGGUAUUCAGUGUGAAGGACCGCAUGUUUAUGAUACCCUCUAUUCUAAGGAAGGCGGCUAGUUGGGCUAAG